AUGACGCUUCAUCGGAAAAGUGGUGCUAGUAGUGGCUCUUCGUCAUCUUCCAGAAGGUUGACAUCAUCUAAAGAUUUCUUCGGUUUCUUUUCUUUGCUGCGUCGCCAGUCGCCGACCACUCCCCACAUAUCGAACACCAGCUCUUCAGGGAAAUCGAAGACCGAUAACUCCGACUCUCGAACAGCUUUGUUCAUCGGAAGUGUUUUACAUGUCAUAGCCAUAUCCCAUAGGGACUGAGCCAACUGAUCGUCUUGCACCCCAAGAUAUGAGUCGAGUAUAUCGUUCAAGCGGCCGAUCAUCUUUUUGUCGACAGAACCCUGAAAUGUUGGCGGACACUUAGAAGGGUACCGGAGGCAGAAAUACCGAAACAAUCUCACCUCUUGUAUAACCACACCACCGUUAGCCUUAAAUCGAAGGGUGCCCAUUCCUUCGUUAAUGGACUGCUUAUGCGUCAUAAGUGAACGUGGCGCAAUCUUUUGGAAGCCUGACUGCUUGGGAGAAACCACACGCAAGGUGAAUGUUUUUCCAAUUGGCAUAUUUCUGAGUAUGCGAACCACCUCAUAA